AUGUUCUUCUUCCUGCUCAACCUGGCCCUCACUGACCUGGGCUCCAUCUUCACCACUGUCCCCAAAGCCAUGCACAAUUCCCUCUGGGACACCAGGGACAUCUCCUACACUGGAUGUGCUGCUCAGCUGUUUUUCUUUAUGUUCUUCAUUGGAGCAGAGUUUUAUCUGCUGACCGUCAUGUGCUAUGACCGCUACGUGUCCAUCUGCAAACCCCUGCACUACGGGACCCUCCUGGGCAGCAGAGCUUGUGCCCACAUGGCAGCAGCUGCCUGGGCCAGUGGCUUUUUCACUGCUCUUCUGCUCACAGCCAAUACAUUUUCCCUGCCCCUUUGCCAUGGCAAUGCCCUGGGCCAGUUCUUCUGUGAAAUCCCUCAGAUCCUCAAACUCUCCUGCUCCCAAUCCUUCUUCGGGGAAUAUGGGCUCAUUGUUAUUAGUGCCUGCUUAUCAUUUGGCGGUUUUGUGUUCAUUGUUUUCUCCUAUGUGCAGAUCUUCAGGGCCGUGCUGAGGAUCCCCUCUGAGCAGGGACGGCACAAAGCCUUUUCCACCUGCCUCCCUCACCUGGCCAUGGUCACCGUGUUCAUCAGCACUGGUACUUCUUUGUACUUGAAGCCCCCCUCCCUGUCCUCCCCAUUGCUGGAUCUGGCCCUGUCAGUUCUGUACUCGGUGGUGCCUCCAGCCCUGAACCCCCUCAUCUACAGCCUGAGGAACCAGGAGCUCAAGGCUGCAGUGUGGACACUGAUGACUGCAUGGUUUCAGAAGCAUUAA